AUAUAUAUAAAAUAUAUAAUAUAUAUAUGUGCAUAUACAUUUUUAUAGAACGUGGAUAUAAAUAUAUCGUAGAUCUAUUCAAGUUAAGCAAAAGUGAGGUUAAGUUUUCCCUUUCUUAUCUUUUUCGUGCAUAAUAAUUUGUUAUAUAUAACAUAACUAACACACACACACAUAUAUAUUGUAUGUAUAUAUAUAUACAUAUGAGUAAUAAGUCAGUUUCGUCCUACCACAAAACUCAUCUAUAUCUCUUUUUCUUUUAUUCUCCUUCCCUCUCUCUCUCUCUCUCUCUCACCAUCUUUCUUUUGUUCUAUUUUUUCAUUCUCUAUCUCUUUCCAACGCUCUUAACUUAAUUCCGUUUCUCCUGGUCGAACUCGCGUGUGUAUUCACAUUGUGUUCUCUUUCGUUGGUGGUGCGUCGUGAUAUAGGAUAAUAAGAAGAAUUUGAAAGGUAACAUAGUGAGACAAAACGAGAUGACGGCGAUGUUGGUGUCUGUCGCGGAAUUGUCGAACAUUUUUUCCGUCCUUGCUGUACUAAUAUGUUUCUGCGGUGUCUUCUUAUUUAUUAUGAGAAACAUGAUAGUACUACGUGUACACGGGGACGAGCUGAUGUUUGGCAGCGGUGGCAGCGUUAUGGCACAUACACCUCGAAUUCCGCAAAUGGAAAUGAUGAAAGUUCACAUUCCGUUCACCUUCAAACUUCACGAAAGCUUCAAGAGUACCUAUGCCGAAGUUGAGUGCGAGGUAUCCAGUCAGGUUGAAUACUCACUACAGGCUAUGUGGGGUGUCAGCAUAAGGGAACUUCACUUGGCCCUUUGGAAGCCCUGGAGCAAUCUCAGAGAGGCGUCCUUGAACGGCACGCUUCUCCAAAACCACGCUCAAUAUUUAACACCACCACAAACACAACCACAUGGAGAAGAAACAUUGAGAUUAUCGCUUCCGGCACCAGAAUUAGAGUUGGGAACACCACCACGGCUUUGUUAUCCGUUAGUGAUAUUCCUCACUCGCAGAGAUAAUGGCGAUCCACAUCCUGAUGAAACUGUUGCUUUGGUGAAUGUCGUCCAUAUUAAGGACAACGUGUGCACAUUGCCGACCUCGAUUUUAGCACAAUAUUUGAAGCAAGCUAAUGGGCAAUUAUCCUGUCUCAAGCAAUUAUAUCUGGCUACUGGAAAUUCAACGAAUUACGACGAAGGUGAAGUGUCAUCUGGCUUGGGCCCAGCAUUGGCAUUAGCCGAACCAUGUAACAAUAAUGGCAGUUCAACGAGAGGUGCUUUGGUAGCAUCGGGUAAUAGUGAUUCCGAGGGUUCAUUUUGGAACACAACCGGCGAACAACUUUGCGUAGUUUGCCAAUAUUUUCCAUUGUCACGUGCCCUAUUACCGUGCAGGCAUACUUGCAUAUGUGCAUCCUGUUUCGGUAAGCUCGAUCGUUGUCCGAUGUGUCGUAGCCCGAUUAAAAGUUAUUUUUGUAUUCGCGGAGAGGAAUAUAUGCCAAUUGAAAAGGACACGAAUAAAUGCUGUAAACAACAAAGACAAACAAACCAUGGACCAACACAUUGGUUGCAUGAUUGGAACGACAGAUUAACUGAUUUCCUUGGAUUUGCACGAUAGAUGUUUGUGUGUGUGCAUGUGUGUGUGUAUGGGUGGGGUGGAUGGGUGGGUGUUAAUAUGUAUGGAUAUGUAUAUAGGAAGGAGGAUAUAAAUCGCGAUAAUUUUAAAUAUUAUAAAUUUAUUCCUUCUUCAAAUUUUUCAAUCGAAUAUUUUUAAUUAUUUUCAACUACACUCUAUUCAUCUCUCUUAUAUUCGUACGAGUUAUAGGAAAUAAUAACAAGAAGAAAAAAAGAGAGCGAGAGAGAGAGAGAGAGAGAGAGAAGAAAGAAGUGAUAAAAAUUAAUAAUACCAAGGCUAUUCCGAGUGAUCCCACAAGUUCCAAUUAAUGAUCAUGGAUCUUUUGUAUGAUUGGUUGGUUUUAUAUCGUGCGAACGUAUAUAUAUUUUAGGUUUGUUAUGAUACUUGUUAAAAGAGAAAAGAAAACAAUCUAUGAGAGGGAGAGAGGGAGAGGGAGAGAGAGAGAGAGAGAGAGAGAGAGAGAGAGAGAGAGAGAAUAGUAAUUUUCUCUUUAUCACAUUUAUGUAAUAAAUGUAUGCGUAUGUAAGUCUUGAAAGAAUCUAAAAACUACUUUAGUCGAUCCUUUGCGUCGAUCCUUCGCGUAUCCAUUUCUUUAUUUUUUUCUUCUUCUUCUUCUUUUUCUUAUUAUUAUUAUUUCUAAUUUAUCGACAAAGUUCUGAAAAAUCUCUUAGAAUUCUAAUCGAGUAAUCAAGUCACAUCACAUUUUACUACAAGAUCGAAUUAGCAUAAAGUCUGAAUUUUUUCAACUUUGUUGUUAAUGAAUUGAUUGAAUGUGAAAAUAUUAAGCCUACUUAAAAAAAAAAAAAAAAAAAAAAAAAGAAGAAAAAAGAAUAAAAAAAAGAAUAAAAAAAAA